GGGCUGGGCGGGGCUGGCGGACGGGAAGGGGCCUGCUCUAGCUGAGGUGACACAUCCCUGCCUGAGCAGCCGAGCUGCAGCUGGGUCAGCAGGCCCCUGGAGCCCGGGCCGCCCUUCCCCGGGGGGGCUUCAGAAUGGACUUGUGCCACCCAGACCCAGGGGAGCUGAGCAGCGGGGAGACAGAGGAGCUGCAGCGGAUCAAAUGGCACCGGAAGCAGCUUCUGGAGGACAUCCAGAAGCUGAAGGAGGAGAUUGCAGAUGUGUUUGCCCAGAUCGACUGCUUUGAGACAGCGGAGGAGAGCCGCAUGGCCCAGAAAGAGAAGGAGCUGUCCAUCGGGCGCAAGAAGUUCAACAUGGACCCCGUGAAGGGCAUCCAGUAUCUCAUUGAGCACAAACUGCUGAGCCCUGACGCCCAGGACAUCGCCCAGUUCCUGUACAAGGGCGAGGGGCUCAAUAAGACGGCCAUCGGCACCUACUUGGGGGAGAGGGACCCAAUCAACCUGCAGGUCCUCCAGGCCUUCGUGGACUGCCACGAGUUCGCCAACCUCAACCUCGUACAGGCCCUCAGACAGUUCCUGUGGAGCUUCCGGCUGCCAGGCGAGGCCCAGAAGAUUGACCGUAUGAUGGAGACCUUUGCUUCCCGAUACUGCCUCUGUAACCCGGGCGUCUUCCAGUCCACAGACACCUGCUACGUCCUGUCCUUCUCCAUCAUCAUGCUCAACACCAGCCUCCACAACCCCAAUGUCCGAGACAGGCCGCCCUUCGAGCGCUUUGUGUCCAUGAACCGAGGCAUCAAUGACGGCAGUGACCUGCCCGAGGAGCAGCUGCGGAACCUCUUCGACAGCAUCAAGAACGAGCCCUUCUCCAUCCCCGAGGACGACGGCAAUGACCUCACUCACACCUUCUUCAACCCCGACCGCGAGGGCUGGCUGCUUAAGCUGGGAGGCCGCGUGAAGACGUGGAAACGGCGCUGGUUCAUCCUGACAGACAGCUGCCUCUACUACUUCGAGUUUACCACCGACAAGGAGCCCCGAGGAAUCAUCCCCCUUGAGAACCUCUCAGUGCAGAAGGUGGACGACCCCAAGAAGCCGUUCUGCCUGGAGCUCUACAACCCCAGCUGCCGGGGCCAGAAGAUAAAGGCCUGCAAGACGGACGGCGACGGCAAAGUGGUGGAGGGCAAGCAUGAGUCUUACCGGAUCUCAGCCGCCAGCGCCGAGGAGCGGGACCAAUGGAUCCAGGCCAUUCGGGCCAGCAUCACCUGUGUCCCCUUCUAUGACCUGGUCUCUGCCCGGAAGAAGAAGAUUGCCAGCAAGCAGUGAGCUUCCGGGGAAGUGAUGCUUCACGUCCUGGGAACCACGUGACCUGUGGUACCCAGAGACCCACCCCUCAUCCCAGGGCCCCCUUUCCUGGCCCGCAGGCAUCCUCCUUCUCCCCCCUUUACCUCCAGCUGACAGGAGGGGGGAGGCAGGGCUCAGGAGGCUGGGUGGGAACCCCUGAGAUUCAGAGCCCGACCGUGAGGCUGCGGGCCCGGGCACCCAGGAAAGGCCCCGGCCCUGCCAGAUCCACUGCAAUACGAGGUAAGGAAAGCAGCCCAGAACCUAGCACCCUGUCCGCUCUCUGGGCCUCAGUUUCCUCUUCUGUCAAAGAUCUCCUCGCCAUCUGAUGUGCCUUCAGCCCUCAAAGCGGGAGGGGCCGGAGUAUGUCCUACCCUCCGCCACGGUGGUGCCACCGCCUUCCGCACAGGCGGUUUCUUGGCCGGCCCUCCCCCAUCCUCAGCCGGGGCUUGGCCCUCCCCGCCCAAGGGACAGACAUACACGUCUCAGACCCACAGAGGAGAUCAUCUUUAGGAGACCCAGGAGCACUGGACUGGGAGCCCCGACCCUGCAGUCUUAAUCCCAGCUCCGUCUCCAACUUGCUGUGUGCCCUCGGCCAAGUCACACUCCUUCUCUGGUUCCUGGGAAACCACGGUGUCUGGAUGGAAAUGUCUUGGUCCUUCUGGCUCUCUGGCCCCCCCUUCAACAUCCCACCUGCUGGCCAGAGUCCGGUGUGGGUCCCCGCAGGGGGUAAGCUGGCGACCACCCUCCUGCCAGACCACCUCCUCUGGGUAGACGACAGGACUGUUCUGGUCUCCCAGGGAGCUCCUGGCUGGACUAUCUACACUGGUUUCCCGAGCUGGAGGGGGCUCCGCAUGGAAGGCUGCCGGGAGGCGGAGAGCAGAGCAGGCUCCGUCCUCAAGGAUGUCCAUUGUAGAGAAGCGGCAGGUGGGCCUCCUCAAGAAAAUGGCAGAGAGCAUCCCAGACGGACGUCCUCAAGCAGAACUGGUGGUACAAACAAGAAGCCAAGAAGAGGGCUUUGUGAGCUGUGGUCCCCAGGAGGCCUGCCUGGAGGCAGCGGCCACGCCCGUGAGUGACACAGAAGCUUAAGGCAGAGUCUCAGCCACAGUCUCUCUGCUGGACCACAGCCCAGGGCUCCGGUGGUGGUGGGCAGCUGCCCCAGCUGGGUCGCAGCAUCCUGAGACCCUCUGCAGUAGCACCAUCAGGAGGAGAGCUGACUUCCCAGCCUACAGGCAAGUAGCUCUGUCUCCAGGGAGGCUCCAGCCUGGAGGAGGAUUCCACGAGCUUCUCAGCCCAUUGCACAGGCCCUGGGGGAGCCCCUGGAGAGACGUUCCCUGGCAGGAAAGCAGGAUAUGGGGUUACCUCUGCCCCACUGGCAGCCUGCGUGGGUGAGCUGGAGCAAGGUGGAUUCCCCCAGGGAAGGGAGGCAACCUCUCCUUUCCUCCACCCACCCGUGCACACACACACACACACACUCACUGUGGAGUCAAGAUAGAGCAGCUGCCUUGCAAGUGCUGAGACCCCUGUCUCUGGAGGUGUGCAAGCACCUGGUGAUAAUAUUGUACUGAGGAGACUCUGGUUGGGCAUCCAUGAGAGGAAGCCUGACAGGACAUCUGCCAUCUUCCUCAGACCCCAUGUCAACCUGGGAGCUGAGUGCCACCUCCGUUGCCUCGUGUGGCCCCGAAGACGCAGCCAGGGGUCAUAGGUGCUGAGGUCCUCUCCUGCCACUGGAGACUCUGGCUGUGGGAUCUUAAUCCUCUCCCUUCCGUCUCUGGUCCCCAGCUUCCUCCUCCUUCAUGGAGAGGGGGUGGAAUGAGGGAUUUUCUGGGCAUGAGUGGCUGUUCUGGGAAACACUCAGAAUAGAGAAUAAAUCUCAUGAUUCAGCUCA